AUGGCCCCAAGCACGAAGAACUCCCACAUUUCCACCAAGCACCUCUUCGUCGCUGCGCUCGCUGCAUCGGUUGCCUGCAGCGCCCAGGCCGCCGGAGGUAACAGCUCCACCCCGGCCAACCACGCCACGUUCGGUGACAUUACUUCGGGAAGUGGCAAGUGUGUCACCGGCAACCCCAACAAGGGAGGGGUCACCCGUGACCAGAUCGAUUGGGUCUGGGAAAACACCAUGUCCAAAUACGUGCCGGAUUUCAAGAACCUCAUCUUCGACCAGCUCGUGACCAACAAAGGCAAACUCAGUUACUGCGUGCGUUGGGACAACGAACAGAAGUUGACCAAGGCCACGGCAUCCAAGUUCCAGGCAGUACUCGAGGAACAGAUUAACCUCUGGAACCGCUGGCUGGCAGGAUACGAAUGCUGGCCAUUUAACCACAUCGAGGUCGACAUCGUGGGCUACGCGGUGAAGGACAAGUCGAUCAUGGACUGGAGUGAUGACUCGCUCGGCACGAUCUACGAGGGUAUUCUGGACGGUGAAGGAAGCCCUAAGUGCCCCGACGAGUGCUACAGUCGCCAGGGUCAGACUGAUACCAGCGGCUGCAAGGGUAAACCCUUCGACAUGUCCCUCUGGCCAUCCACAUCGGCGGGUGAGGGCGCUGUUGGCACUGGUGGUGACUGGGGUCAGCGUAUCGAGGUGAAUCACUUUAUGGAGUAUUUGGACAAGGAGCAGCAGAUGACCUUGUUGCACGAAAUGGGUCACGGGUUCGGUCUGCCGGAGAUGUACGUUGCUGACAACAAGCCUUCGGACUACCCCUCCUGUGUGAUGGAUGAAGAUUACGUGCUCACGGACGGCGAUGGUUGGCUGCUUCGUAGCAUUCUGGAGAACAUCAAGUCUCGCUACAACUUUUAA